AUCGGGUAAGUAAGUAAUCGGGUAAGUAAGUAAGUAGAUCGGCUCGAUACUACGUAAGCUGUCAGUGACCCUGAGAAACCCAAGUAAAGUAGUAGGAGAUACUACAAGUGACAUUAUCUGCAGAUACGUUAACAGGGAAGGACAUGGUGGCUUAUCAGAUACUGGGUUGUCGUCUGGGUCAAGCAGCAGUGUGUGUGAGGAUGAUGAGCAGCAACACCGCAGUGCAACAGAGUGCCAAGCUGGCAGGCAAGAUAGCCAUUGUCACAGCCUCCACUGAUGGAAUUGGCUUGGCAAUUGCACGUCGCUUGGGUGAAGAUGGUGCUCAUGUUGUGGUCAGCAGCAGAAAGCAAACUAAUGUUGACUCAGCUGUUGCUGAACUCAAGGGUUUGGGCUGUUCAGUCUUAGGCUUUACCUGCCAUGUUGCUAAGGAACAAGACAGACAAAAUCUAAUUUCCAAGACAUUAGAGAAGUUUGGAGGCAUUGACAUACUUGUUUCUAAUGCAGCAGUUAAUCCAGCAGUGGGAGGUGUGUUGGAUUGUCCAGAGAGUGUAUGGGACAAAAUCUUUGAAAUUAAUGUGAAAAAUGCCCUGCAGCUGUCACAGCUAGUUGUGCCGCACAUGCAAGAGCGAGGUGGAGGAGCUAUAGUUUAUAUAUCGUCAAUUGCUGGAUUUCAGCCUAUGAAUUUGCUAGGGGCAUAUAGUGUAAGCAAAACAGCUCUUCUUGGUUUGACCAAAGCUGUGGCGCAUCAAGUAGCCUCUGACAAUAUUCGAGUCAACUGUGUCGCCCCUGGUAUUGUGAGGACCAAUUUCUCGAGUACGUUAACUCAACACCCAGCAGUAUACGAGAAGAUACUGGAAACAAUUCCUCUAGGAAGGAUUGCUGAGACAAAGGAGAUGGCAGGUCUAGUGUCCUUCUUGUGUAGCAGUGACGCCUCAUACAUCACUGGAGAGUCAUUUAUAGCUGCGGGUGGAAUGCAGUCACGGCUCUAAUGAGACUACUGUUUGUUGUCUUCAAGAGGCAGUUAAAAUUAUGUAAAUUGUAAACUCAAAAACUGCCCUUGUUUGUUAAAUAUUCAGUAAUUUUAUAUAUACUCAUUUGUUAAUAUAAUAUAAAUUUUUCAAAAUAGGUCAAACACAGUAUACAACUAUAUUUUUAAGUACAGUAUUGUGCUGUGUUUUUUAUAUCAAAAUGGUUUGAUCAUGUAGCCUGUCUCUGGAAUAGUAAGUUAUAUAAUUUAAAAUCUUAUCUUGGAGAUAAAAAUAAAGAUAAUCUUAUA